AUGGCUGAACCUAGGCCUAUGGACACUGACGAGCCCGCGGUGGAGGUCGGCAAGACAAAAAACGCCUUGCUGACAACUAUCGCAGAAUACAUUAAGAGCGACCCAAUGUUCUGCUCUCUGGUCCACUCCCUAGUGGUUGCCAAUGCCCCCCGUGCGGUGCCUGACUCGCCGGAGUCACCCGCUUCACCCGCGUCAUCCGCGACCUCUACCGACUCAUCUGAGUCAUCCUCUUCCUCCGACUCGUCGGAGUCGGCCGAGUCCUCGGACGGACCUAGUCCGCCCGGGAGCCCGGCCGGAGCCGUCGAUCCCGACCUCGCCAUGGAUUCCGAUCCAGGCGCACCCAGCUUUCCGCUGGCCGCGUCGUCGGAACUCGACGACGACGGCUUCACGACCGUGAGGAACGGGCGCAGGAAGAAGCAGCGUGGCUCAGAAGCUCCUGCGUCCCAAGCGCCUUCUGCGCCGUCCGCGCCUUCUGCGCAAAAACUAAAACCCGCGGCUUCCCAGCCCGCGCCCGCUAGCUCGACGGAUUCGUCGCCACCGACCAACCUUAAGGGGCCUAAAAGCCACCGAAGGACCAAUCAGGCCCCUAAGGCCAAGGCCCCUCAGGCCGAAAAAUUCGUUUUGGCCCCAGCCCCGACACGUAACCCGUGGUUUCCCGCCACGGUACGUGCCGACUCGCGUCCCCAGGCCCAGGGCGGUGGUUCUCCCGGAGGAUCUCCCGCCACCCCGGCCACAAUACCAGCAGCGGCGGCCACUGUUCCCGCUCCCGUCCCAACGCCCUCGACCUCCAAGGCUACCUCUUCCAAGGUAGUCAAGUCGAAGGCUCCCGCACCAUCCAAACCCCAGGUGGCGGCGACUCCGGCGUCUAGCGGCGCGGCUUCUUCAUUCUCUGGUUUCCCCAGAGAUUAUCGAACUCCACGCGCUGAUCCACGACUGCUCGUCCAAAAUGAAGGCACUGGGCCGCUCUGA